AUGCAGCGGAUCGAGCAGCAGCUGUCUGACCUCGGCACCAGGGUAGACCAGGUGCAUCAAGAGAUGGAAAGGUCCCGUUCCGUUGCGCCAGCCGAGCUUUCUUACACUCGUCCGGUGACACGCUCCGUCAGCGCUCGCCCCGAAACCACUGCAUUAAUUGAGGUGCAACGCGUCCUAAAUCAGAUGCUCCCGCGGGUCAGCGCCUUGGAAGAGCAUCAGCAGGAGUUACAGCAGCAUCAGCAAGAGACGCUCCCACGGCUUAGCGCCUUGGAACAGCAUCAGGACGAGCUGCAGCAGCAACAGCAGGAGCUACAGCAGCAGCACAUCACGGCGGACGAGACGAGCUCGUCUACUACUGGCGAAGUGCAAGUCGCGCAGUCUUCACCAGCGCCGCCCAUUGAGCAGCAACAACAACAACACCCUCAAACGUCGCCGCGCGUCCCUGAGACACACCCCAAUUCAUCCCAGCAGAUCGCCAGCCCCCAGCCGCCGUGGUCCCAACUCUUCGACAGGCGCGACGAUGACGACGACCGCCUAGCGGCCUUGGGACAACAAGCCGUCCAGUCCCAACAGAUGACGCAGCAUAGCGCCGACUCGGACGAGCUGCGCGAAGCGGACCACGCACACGGCAAUGAUUCGCCACAGCUCUUCGCCGAGCUGGUGGCAUUGCUCGGCGAAGCGCGGAGGCUGGCCGGGCGCAACGCACACAAGCACCCGCAUCUGCGUCCGAAGCUCGAGGAGCUGGGCCGCUUCGCGCACGCCGCCAACGUCGCCGCCUUCGACAUCAGCCGCGCCUGGUGCCGAGCCCUGCUCUAUGUCCACCGUCCGGCGGCGGCUGAUGGCCAGCAACAGCUGGAUCCGCGCCGGUUGGUUGCCGACAUGGCUGACCUCGCUGGCUGGGCAGGCGAGAGACGCCGCGCCUGCGAUGUGUCCGUGCCCCCUGUCCAGGACGACUUUUUGGCUCUGGGUGAUGCCGCCACGCGCGCUGCUGCCGCCGCCGAUGCGGAGCCUGCGAGGGCCGCCUUGUUGGCCGAGUACGAGCGGCUGAGGGACGUUCUCGUUGCGAGGGUGCUGACUCAGUCUGGCGGGCGAGGCAGAUAG